UACAGUUAAUAACAGUAAUGGCGGAUAUUUGUGAGAAAGAAAUGUCUCGUGUUCCAAUUCUUGUGAUUCUUGGUGCUACAGGUUCUGGAAAAACAAAAUUAAGUAUACAACUGGCACAAAAAUUUUCUGGAGAAAUUAUAUCAGCUGACAGUAUGCAGGUGUACAAGGGAUUGGACAUCAUCACAGCGAAAGUCACAAGAGAAGAAAGAUUACAAGCACCACAUCAUAUGAUAGACAUUGUGGAUCCAUUGGUCAAUUAUACAGUCGUUGAGUUUAGGAAUCGAGCUCUUUCUGUCAUUGACAAUUUGAUGAGCAGAAAAAAAUUGCCAAUUAUUGUAGGUGGUACCAACUAUUAUAUUGAAGCAUUAUUGUGGCAGAUUUUAAUAGAUGAUCCUGAAGAGUCAAGUGACAAUGAUCAACAGACAAAAAAACCGAGAUUGAACACUUCUGAAACAAAUGAAGAGCUACAUAAAAAAUUGGCACAAGUCGAUCCAAAAAUGGCGCAAUGUCUUCAUCCAAAUAAUCGACGAAAGGUGAUAAGGUCACUGGAAAUUUAUGAGAAGUUUGGAAGACAACAUUCGGAGCUUUUAAGAUUACAACGAACAGGAGGUGGUUGUGGAAUUGGCGGUCCUCUUCGAUACAAGGAUUUAAUAAUAUUGUGGCUUCGUUGUGAUCAGGAGGUCCUUGACAGUAGACUGGAUGAAAGAGUGGAGUCGAUGGUAGAGGCAGGUCUAAUUCAAGAGUUAUUGGAUUUCCACGAAAGGUACAACGAAGACCGACUCAAAAAUAAUGCAGCACCAGAUUACACAAGAGGAAUCUUUCAAAGUAUCGGCUUUAAGGAGUUUCACAAUUACUUGAUAUUGCCCGAAGAUGAAAGGAACAGCCAGAAGGGACAGCAGAUGUUACAAGAAAGUAUUGCGGAAUUGAAAUUAGUCACAAGGAGAUACGCCAGGAGGCAGAGGAAAUGGAUAAUGAAUAGAAUGAUUCGUCGAACAGAUAGACAAGUUCCUUCAAUAUAUUCAUUGAAUUGUACCAAUAUGGAAAAAUGGACAAAUGACGUUUUAAAUCCAGCGAUAGAAAUUGUCACCUCAUUAAUUCGGGGCGAGCAACCAAAACAAAAAUCAAUGAAUGAAAAUAUUGAAGAACAAAAAUCAACGGAUAUUCUUAAUGAUAUGCCUCACUUUUGCGAAAUUUGCGAAAGGCUUUUUGUCGGCGAAUUACAAUGGAAUAUGCACUUGAAAAGUAUAAAGCACAAAAAAGUUACAGAAAAGAAAAAACGAUCGAUUAAACAACAAGAAAAAAUUAAUACGGAACAAUCUACGCAACAAGGUAUUGAACAAAGGUCUACUUAAAAAUUAUUUUAUUUUUUUUUUAGUUUUCUUUUUUAAUGCCCCUUUUGACUGCUUUUAAUUGUAUUGAUUUCUUUUAACGCAUUUAAAGAAAGUGAUGUACAAUUAAAAGAAAAAAAAAACGAAAUUUAUUAACAUGUAUGAUUUACAUGUUUGUUAAUAAUAAUUACUGUGAUGAACGAAAAUUUUUUCGUUUCCCAAAGAAAUAAGAACUGAAUAAAUAAUCAACUGUUGGAAAUGUAGAUUUGUUUUGUAUUUAUCGUUACAUUCAAUGAUGAACACAAGAUAAUAUCUUUCUGUAUAUAAAGUGUGUGAUAAGUAGGUAAAGAAGAAUUUUACAUUUUAUGAAGACAAAUUUUUUCUGAAUUUAAUUUUGUUUUUGGUUGUAAAAUUUUUCAUGUUAAAAAUAAUAAUACUGAUUAUUAUUAAUGCCAUUGGUUGAUUUUUAUUUGACAAAAUAGAAAUUGAAUAUAAUUUUAAAAAAAAAAUCAUUCGAAUUGUAAGAAAUAUUGAUAUCAAAUUUAAUUUUUAAAAAAUGUGAUGUAAUUGUUCAUAAAAUGUUAAACAUUAAAUGUUAAAAAAAAUA